AUGGCCGACGAACAAACACCAGCCCUCGCACCGGGUCCCACGACCAUCAGGGUCGGCACGCGAAACUCGCCUCUGGCCAUGGCCCAAGCGGACAUUGUCGUGGCCGCGCUGCAGGCCGUGCUGCCGGCAUACUCGUUUCCCAUCUCCGGCAUGACGACGACGGGCGAUCGCGACCAGAACACUGCCCUGUAUAACUUUGGUGGCAAGGGGCUUUGGACGACGCAGCUGGAAGACAGGCUUGAGGCAAACGAGCUCGACAUUAUUGUCCACUCGCUAAAGGACAUGCCCACGACACUGCCAGAGGGCCUCGUGCUGGGCUGCGUCACCAAGCGAGAGGACCCUCGAGAUACGCUGGUGCUGAAGAAGGAACUCGUCGACAAGCAUGGCUGGAAGACGCUGGCCGACCUGCCUGCAGGAAGCGUCAUUGGUACCAGCAGCGUGCGAAGAAUCGCCCAGCUCGCCCGACGAUACCCUUCCCUCAAGUUCAAAGACCACCGCGGUAAUAUCCAAACCCGGCUGAGGAAGUUGGAGGAGGACCCGGAGCUCACGGGCAUCAUCCUGGCGGCGGCCGGACUGCAGCGCAUGCAGCUGGACGCUCACAUCUCACAGUUCCUCGAGUCGGACGACGGCGGCAUCCUGCACGCCGUCGGGCAGGGCGCGCUGGGCAUCGAGUGCCGAGCGGGCGACGACAAGGUGCUGGCCGCGCUCAAGAUGAUCGAGGACAAGAACGCCGCUCUGGCAACCGUAGCCGAGAGGAGCCUGAUGCGAGCGCUCGAGGGCGGGUGCAGCGUUCCGAUUGGCGUCGAGACCAAGUGGGUUGAACCGGGACAGCUUAGGCUACGGGCCACGGUCGUGUCGGUCCAGGGCACAGAGGGCGUCGAUGGCGAGGCGGUCGAGCCCGUCACCACGGCGGAGCAAGCCGACCAGUUUGGAGCAAAGAUGGCGGCCGAUCUGGUGAACCGGGGCGCAAACAAGAUCCUGGACGACAUCAACAAGAACAAGCCGGCACCACCACCACCUCAAUGA